AUGCUUGCCCUCAAGAGGCUACUGGAAGAGCAAAACCACCAGCCCGGCCACGCGCUUUGUAGCGCUUGGAUCAUCGACUCUGCGCCGGGCGGGGACAGCCUCUACCGGUCCCGCUUGGCGUUUCUGAGCCCCAUCAAAGGCGCAGCCGCCCGCUUCCUCGCAAAAUGGGCGUUCACGCUCCUCUACUGUCUGCUGCACCUCGUCCACGGGCUCCUCCUGCGCCGGCCGAGCCCCAUCCACGUCAUGCAGGAGUCUCUGGCGCGCGCCGACGUUCUGCCGUGGAUGUCGCGCAGGACGCCCCGGCUGUACCUCUACUCGACGGUGGACGAGAUGGUUCCGGCGCGCGAUGUCGAGGCGCACGCGGCUGCCAGCGCGGCGGGCGGCCUCAACGUACGGAUGCGACGCUUCGAGCGCAGCGCGCAUGCUGCGCACGCGCGGGUUUAUCCGGCGGAGUACUGGGAGGCGGUACAGACGUGUUGGGCUGGCGUCGUGCGAGAGCUGACUUGA